UUAAUUUACUUUUGUAUUCACAUGGUAUGUCCAGAAUCUGUCCAGCAGUAAACACUAAAUUACUAAUGAAUAACUAAUAAUAAAGUUGUGUACUCUUACUAAAGUGCUGUGGCAGUACCAUAGUAAUGAUUUGCGCACCCUUAUUCUUGUAUAUUUAUGUAUAAACUAAAAUAACAGUACCGUUUUCCAGUUACGCAGAUCAAAAUUUCUCAGAAGAUGACCCCACUACUUGCAUCACAUAAAAUGAGAAACCAGGCCCACCAUCCCGUGUGAGAGUCUCAGUAACCUGAUUAGCCAGCCUGUCAGUAAUAAUAAGGCCAGGUCUUGGAUCUAGGACCCGUCGCUGUGUCAGCUAGUGUGAGAUGACAAGAAAGACUGGGAGAACUAUAACCACAACGGGAGACAAAGGAGUAAAGAGGAUUCGUGUCCAGACCCCCAGACAGACCCCUGCUUUGCUGUUCCAGACAGAAAGACCCACAACGCCAAGCCAGGAAUGUCCAAUCCCGCACCAGACGCUCAGGCCCGUCCGGACCAGACUGAGAGCGAUGGGUCGUCUGAACCGUCACCCCAGGCUUUGAGGAAGCCACCUGGGCAUCUAAAGUUGGCACACAGCCUUUCUAAAUCAGACUCCGACCUGCUGGCUUCCCCUCAUUGUGAGGACGACGGGCCUCUUGGUGGCCGGAGCGAAUCCUUGUCCAACUGUGUUGCUGAGAGGAAGGAAAUGGAGCAGAUGCCCUCGUUUGCCUCCGAAUGGGACGAGGUCGUGGGUGGGAAAGGAACUCUGGCAGUGCGUACGGUUGAGAGAGAAGAGAGGGAGUCUUGACAGUAUCAGCGCCAGUGGCUGAAUGCUGAACGCUUGGCUGGGCCCAUCAGUCCUUCUGCUGCUCUAUGCUGGCCGCAGCGCACGGGGCUAAUUGGGCCUUAACUG